UGAAGAAAUAUUUAUCCCUGCAAUUGCAGCUUAUCCUAAAACCCAUAAACCCUAUCAACCGCAACGAUGCACCGAAACCAUAAUAAUUGAAUUAACCACAACUCUUUCAUUUCUAUUUCCAUGGCAAUUCCCACCUUAAACUUAGUAUGCAAAUCCAAUCUUCAUCUUCGUCCUCUCCCAUUCCAAUGUCUCCGCAAGGUUGUGCCAAGAUCCGUACCUUCUGUUGAACCAGAGGAAUCUAAUAGAGACUCAAAUCGAAAACAAGUAAAUAAGAAGGCACCAGCAUGGAAGAAGUUUAAUUCCAAAGAGCUUGGAUUUCGAAAUUCUAUGAUUACUAGUCCAAUUAAAAAGGUUCUCAAUGCGUUGAAGAAAAAGGGGUAUAAUGUUUACCUUGUAGGAGGCUGUGUACGGGACCUGAUACUAAUGCAAACACCAAAAGAUUUUGAUAUUAUAACUUCAGCAGAUCUUAAAGAGGUGAUGAGAACGUUUUCAUGGUGUGAAAUAGUUGGUAAAAGGUUCCCAAUAUGUCAUGUUCAUAUAGAUGGUAUCAUCGUUGAGGUUUCAAGUUUUUACACUGCCACCAGAGGCAAGCCUGGUAGACACUUCGCUCAUGAUAUCGAGGCACCUAAGGGAUGUGACAAGGAGGACUAUCUUCGUUGGAGGAAUUGUUUGAAUAGAGAUUUUACAAUCAACGGGUUUAUGUUUGAUCCAUUUGCAAAAAUUGUAUAUGAUUACGUGGGAGGAAUGGAAGAUAUUAUAAAAGCGAAAGUGUGCAUGUAUCUCUUUGAUGCCGCGGUUUCUUAUAUUUCUUUUUUUAAUCAGAAAUUUAAACUUUCCAUCAUAAUUUUAUGUAAACAGGUCCGAACCAUAGCUCCUGCAGCUACUUCUUUUCAGGAGGACUGUGCUCGCAUUCUUCGUGCAAUUAGAAUUACUGCUCGCUUGGGGUUUAGUAUUUCAAGUGAAACCGCUCGUUCUAUUAAAAAUCUUUCAUAUUCAGUAUUGCGUCUUGAUAAGGGUAGGCUUCUGAUGGAAAUGAAUUAUAUGCUAGCAUAUGGAUCUGGUGAAGCUUCUUUGAGGUUAUUAUGGAAACUCGGCCUUCUAGAUAUUCUUCUUCCCUUUCAGGCUCUUUAUUUUGUUCGUCAUGGAUUUCGGAGACGGGACAAAAGAACGAAUAUGCUUUUGUCUUUCUUCUUCAAUUUGGAUAAACUUUUGGCACCUAACCGUCCGUGUCAUAGCUGCUUAUGGGUUGGUAUCCUUGCAUUGCAUAAAUCUUUGAGUGAUGAACCAAGGAAUCCCUUGGUGAUUGCUGCAUUUAGCCUUGCAGUUCAUAAUGGUGGAAAUUUGUCGGAAGCGGUAGACAUAGCUAGGAGGAUUAACAAACCACACGAUAUCAGAUUUCCUGAAUUAUCAGAUCCCUACGAUCUAAAAGCAAAGGCUUUGGAAAACGAGGUUUUGGAUCUUGCAGAGUCUGUUAAAGUUUCACUGUUGCAGAUGACAUCUAGGCGCUCGGUAGCUCGAGCCAUGACUGACUAUCCUCAAGCUCCUCAUUCAGAUAUCGUGUUCAUCCCAUUAGGAAUGUACCUAAAAGCUCUAAGCAUUUUUGACUGUCUGAAGGAAAGUGGUGGUAAGAAAUUCUCAUCCAAGAAAGGCAGAAAAAUUGAUUAUAAAUCCUUAGCUCGUGGUGACCUACUAGAAACACGGCACUUGUUUGCAAGGAUUGUAUUUGACACUGUAUAUCCACAAAGCCUUGGCCAGUCCUAAAUGACCAUUGGAUUUUCAGGACAUUAGUUUGAAGUUUUAUUAGACAUUGGGAGAAAAUUGAUGCCAGAGGAAACAUUCAAUCAUAGGGGAACGGUUAGUCGGAUCAAAAUUGGAACAAAAGUGCUUGAUCAGAUUCCAGCAUCUGACAUUUGAGUGGUACUUGCUGAAAUCAUCACUAACUGUCAUGGGUAGUGACAACUUCUGGAUGAGACUUAUCUUGCUACGCAAGGUACCUAACUUGAAGAAUAAAUAAUCGGUGGAAAAAAUCAUAAAAGAGGAAAACGUGUCCAUCUCCCAAAGUUAACCUAUUUAUUUUUUAUUCCAAUUUAUUUAUUUUAGUCAUAGAAUAAUUCCUUUAUCAAGUAUGAAACUUCCAUAUUGUUCUUAUAGUGUUAUGCAAGCAAGUGUUAUACUACUAAAGUUUAACAUUGAUGUUGUACGUACAACAAAUUCAGAUGGCAAAGUCUUGAAAUUAAAGUUCAACAUUUUAAAAUCCAA